GACAGGGUUUCACAAUGUUGGCCAGGCUGGUCUCGAACUCCUGACCUCAGGUGACCAGCCUGCCUCGCCUCCCAAAGUGCUGGGACUACAGGCGUGAGCCACCAAGCCCGGCCCUAUUUUACCAAUAAUAACACUUCGAAUCCUCCUAAGAGCCCUAUGAGGUAGGUACCAUUAUCAUUAUUCUACAGAUGAGGAACUGAGGCCUAGGAGAGACAACUAAACCUGCUGAGGGUCACUAACCAGCACCUGGUAGAACCAGGAUUCAAAUAUGAGCAGGCUCGUCUGAACCCCUUGCACUUGAGCACCCUCUGAGAUAACUUAACCCCUUCAUCGGUACCAGAUCUAUGGUGGCCUCCAGAAAUGGUUGCUAACUUACUAUCAUCGUUAUUUCUGUCGUACAAUUCAUUUCUACCUUUCCAAUAAACUUUCCCGAACCAGUGAACCUUACUUACUGCCCAUAAAGUUCACCUGUGCCUCACCACCCUGCCCUCGCCCGAGUUUUCUGCUCUGACCGAAUCCUCACAUGCCCGUGCAGCCCCAGCCUCCAACACCAGGUGCACCGCGAGUGUAUUUACUGAUCCAGUGAAUGAAGGUGGGCCCGGCCGGGCUGGUUCCCAUUCUCUGAUCAACGCCUAGGGGAACCAGUAAACUCCAGUGCUGACCAUAAGUGUCUCAGAAAGUAGGUCUGGAAAGCCCAGCCCUCCGCUCAGGAACCUAUGAAGACCGGGGAGGAUAGCGCAUAUGCGGCCGCAGGAUGGAAACCUCGAUCAGAAGGCUGGGGCAGUUCCGGGACACGGAAGGACACUGAGUCACCAAACGCCGCCAUGGGCCGGAAGCCACCGCCCUAGCCUCAGCUGCAAUCUAGAGCGCGGCGUAUCCCGUGAGCCCACUGGGGACUACGACUCCCGGCAUGCUCCGCGGCCGUCGGAAUUAACCCUUCAGGGCUUGGGGGCCGCGCUGUGCACCGCCCCCUCCCCAGCCACAGACGCGGACCCCGCAGGACUCCCUGGCUAUUUAAACAGAGAUGGGUGCCCCCAUCCGCACACUGUCCUUUGGCCACCGGACAUCAUGCCUCCCAAGAAGGAUGUUCCCGUGAAGAAACCAGCAGGGCCCUCCAUCUCCAAACCUGCUGCUAAGCCAGCAGCAGCAGCAGCAGGGGCUCCUCCAGCCAAGAGCAAAGCUGAGCCAGCUGUCCCCCAGGCCCCUCAGAAAACCCAGGAGCCUCCAAUCGAUCUCUCCAAAGUGGUGAUCGAGUUUAACAAGGACCAGCUGGAGGAGUUCAAGGAGGCCUUCGAGCUGUUUGACCGAGUGGGGGAUGGCAAGAUCCUGUACAGCCAGUGUGGGGACGUGAUGAGGGCCCUGGGCCAGAACCCCACCAACGCCGAGGUGCUCAAGGUCCUGGGGAACCCCAAGAGUGAUGAGCUGAAGUCCCGGCGUGUGGACUUUGAAACUUUCCUGCCCAUGCUCCAGGCAGUGGCCAAGAACCGGGACCAAGGCACAUAUGAGGACUACUUGGAGGGGCUUCGUGUGUUUGACAAGGAGGGGGACGGCAAAGUCAUGGGAGCAGAGCUCAGACAUGUUCUCACCACCCUCGGUGAGGCAGGCAAGGGGGACCAGAACUACUUUAGAGUGGAGAGGGGAAUGGGGUGGGCCAGAAAAAAGACUGGCCAGAUAAGCAGAGCCAGCAGGAGGAUUACUAUCCUGCAGGUUGUCGGCAGGAGACUGAGAAGGUCAGAGCUGUGGGGGUAGAAUCUGAAGGACUUGCUCUUCCAGAGUCUAAAGUACCUUCCAGAGGACAGAGGAAAAGGGAUGAGGCAGGAAAUCUGAAUUUUCGUUUUGGAAGAGAUGUGUGGGUUGUGUGUUCUGGUACAAGUCUCUUAACCUCCUGGAAUUGUUUCCUUGUCAGUCAAUACUUUCACUAGUACUAGGGUGAAAUGGAAAGCAAGAGGCAUCCAUGACUAGGGAGGAUUCCCUUGAGGACUGAGGCUAUGAGAAAUCGUCAGGGUGCGAGACUCUCAAGAGUGUGGCCUGGCCAGGUGCGGUGGCUCACGCCUCUAAUCCCAG